AGCGGCGGGACCCGAGGGCCGUCUGAGGCUGUAGUGGGCGUCACGGGCGUUUGCGCCGUGGAAUUCGCGGUCGGCGCGACCACCUCUGCCCACCUCCUCAACACCCUGCUCUGGGCCGCCAUGAAGGACUCGCUGGUGCUGCUGGCUCGCGUCCCGGCACACCCGGACUCCCGCUGCUGGUUCUUGGCCUGGAACCCCGCGGGAACCCUCCUGGCGUCAUGCGGUGGUGACCGUAGAGUCCGCAUCUGGGGCACGGAAGGUGAGAGCUGGAUCUGCAAAUCUGUCCUUUCUGAAGGCCACCAGCGCACUGUGCGGAAGGUGGCCUGGUCUCCAUGUGGCAAUUACCUGGCCUCCGCCAGUUUUGAUGCUACCACUUGCAUUUGGAAAAAGAACCAGGAUGACUUUGAGUGUGUAACUACUCUGGAGGGCCAUGAAAAUGAGGUCAAGUCAGUGGCCUGGGCGCCUUCUGGCAACCUCCUUGCUACCUGCAGCCGAGAUAAGAGUGUGUGGGUCUGGGAAGUUGAUGAAGAAGAUGAGUAUGAAUGUGUCAGUGUCCUCAACUCUCAUACACAGGAUGUCAAACAUGUGGUUUGGCACCCAAGCCAGGAGCUGUUAGCCUCUGCCAGCUAUGAUGACACAGUGAAGCUGUACCGGGAGGAAGAAGAUGAUUGGGUAUGCUAUGCCACUCUUGAAGGCCAUGAAUCCACUGUGUGGAGCUUAGCCUUUGACCCCAGUGGCCAGCGCUUGGCAUCUUGCAGUGAUGACCGUACUGUGCGUAUCUGGCGCCAGUAUCUACCGGACAAUGAGCAAGGGGUGGCAUGCAGCGGCUCUGACCCCAGCUGGAAAUGUAUCUGCACUUUGUCAGGCUUCCACUCCAGGACCAUUUACGACGUUGCUUGGUGUCAGCUGACAGGGGCCCUGGCUACGGCUUGUGGCGAUGAUGCCAUUCGUGUGUUCGAGGAGGAUCCCAGCUCAGAUCCACAGCAGCCCACCUUCUCCCUGACAGCCCACUUGCCUCAGGCCCAUUCCCAGGAUGUCAACUGUGUAGCCUGGAACCCUAAGGAGCAGGGGCUUCUGGCCUCCUGCAGUGAUGACGGGGAAGUGGCCUUCUGGAAGUAUCAGCGACCAGAAGGCAUCUGAGCCACCCUGACUUUGGACAGAAUCAUGGUUCCCCAGAAAAUGUCCUAAGACUUUCCCAGCCCUAAGAGGACCUGGAGGACCCUUGACCUUUGCCUAACUUGGCUCUCUUCCAUUCAGACUUGGGGAGAAGUACAGAGCCACAGAACCACUCACUCAUCCCCUUUGACAUGGGGCCCUUGGUAAAGAGCUACAGAACAGCAGUGGGUUGUGGUUAUGCCACAGGUUUUGCUUGCUUGAGGGCCCAGUGUUCAGUUUUGGGGGGUGAAUAUAGUAUUUAUAGUCACCCUACCUCUGUGUAGAAGGGGUACAUCUUAGGCUUUUCAGAAAUUGGAAGCUUUAGAGAAAUAGGUCAUCUGAAUCCCAAGUCCUGUUUCAUAAGGACAUUCACAACUUAAAAGAAUUCCAUGGUGAGUCCUUUUCUGAAAUAGGUCCUGCCUUCCUGGUUUCUGGGUAAAUUCUUACAUUUAAGACAUUCAGUCAGUAUUGGAAGGAAAUUUUUUUAAUGUAGGCUGGCUUAGAGUGAGACAUGCUUCUGCUUUCCCUUAGAAACUUGUGUAUCUUCUGUGCCAGCCAUUACACUGUGGUGGCAACUGGAAAUGCUGAAAAAUAAAUCUGGAAGGGUGUGAACCCUAA